AUGGAUCGGACUCACAUCGGGCCCACGUGGACACAACCAUUUCCUGCCACUGCUGAAUCUUACAAGAACGUAUCUUUAGGCUUAUCUCUCACUGCCUUAAACAACGAUGAUUCCUGGCAAUCGCCAUCUAGUGAAUUUGCAUUCGGUUUCCAGCAGGUUGAAGAUGAUGGCUUCUUAUUAGCAAUCUGGUUCAACAAAAUACCUGAAAAAACCAUUGUUUGGUCAGCCAACAGAAAUAGUCUAAUGCAAAGAGGGACUAAAGUUAAGCUCACGGAAGAUGUCCGAUUAGUGCUUAAUGAUCGAAAAGGCAAACAGAUAUGGUGUGCUGAUACUGCCGGUAGCCAUGCUUGA